AUGGAGGAAUGGGAGGAGUGGGUUUGGGAGACGGAAGUGAAAGCUAUGCCCUUAUUGGACGUACUUCGCAUCAAUGGUAUGCCUCCCGGUCUUAUGUCUCAUGCAGUGGCUUUGAAGAAGUUAGAAAUAUGGAAUGUCCAACGUCUCCACUCCCUAGAGAACUUUGUUUCUGUAGUUGAGCUCGACUUGGCAAACAUACCCGAACUGGCCAUGAUAUCCAAUCUUCCAAAAUUACAAAAGCUUGGAAUCAGUUACUGCAGAAAGCUCAAGACACUGAAGGACAUGGAUGCACUCCGGAGACUCCAUGUGAGAGUUUCUCGCUGGGAAAAUCAACUUCCAGUCUACCUGCAAACUGUAAAGCCAAGUCAUUUGCUGCUGACCUGCAACCUAGCAGUACUCACUUCCAUGGCUGAGGGUGAAUCUAGCUCCGAGUGGGACAAGUUCAGUCAUAUCAAGCAAGUCGAGGCUUAUGCAACGGAUGGAGAAGAUGAGAAGAAAUGGUACAUGCUCUACACAUCUGAAUCGUGCAACAUACAGACAAAUAUUCAUCAGGACCGAUUGGUGGAAGAAGAGGACUAG